CCACCACUAAAUAAAAAAAAAUCUCCGGCUAAAAAUUUAAAAGCUUCUAUAUAAAUUCACCACGAGCUACAGUUUUCUUCACACUUAGUAGAAAGGAAGAGAGGAAGAUACCAAUAGAGCAAAGACAAUGGCUGAUAUAUGUCCACCAGGUAAGAGCUCAUGGCCGGAGCUGCUUGGGGCGAAUGGAAAAGCUGCUGCAGCUCUCAUAGAGAAAGAGAACAGUAAUGUGAAUGCAAUUGUGUUGAAGGAAGGAACUCCAGUGACUGCGGACUUUAGGUGCGACAGGGUCAGGGUUUGGGUUAAUGAAUGUGGUGUGGUGGUUCAAGUUCCUAUUAUAACCUAGGGCUAUGCAGUUUUACUGUAUCUUCAAAUAAAUCAUGAAAUGAUUUCAAUUAUAAUAAAAUAAAAGUUUCCUUUAAUAUAUA